UCGGACGCGGGGGUCCAGUCCAGCUGUUGGGGUGAGGGGGGGGGGGUGAGUAUUUCGGUCAACCGACUCGUCGCCAAGGAAAGAAAAGAGGCUAUGGUGGUUGUUGCUAUGGGAAACGGUCGCCUCGUCGGAAAGGUCUUCUAAAGGAGCUGGCGUGGCACGCGCUGAUCCUGAUAUUGUAUACCGAGCGGGAGCCGGGUUGAGAUGGAUGUCUCGUCAGAAUUUCCCCAGUGCAAAAUUCGGACUCCACAAGCCACGUGAGAAAAUGUCUCCAACCUCCCUCCACUCUUCUCCCUGCGGAUGGUGGGAUCAUUCUCUCAUCAUCCCCUCCUGUCCGAGCAGAAGAGUGAAGAGCAGCAGGAUCGCCCGCCCGCCCUCUCUCUCUCCUCCUCCCCCGGUCUCGCCAUCUCUCCUUCCCUUUCUAUCCUUUUCACAGUGGGUCUCUUAACAAGGAGCCUUCGUGAUUCAGUAUCUACUCAAGUGCCCUUUAGCAAGAUAGUCACAACCCAUGAGCUCCAACAGUGUUGAAUGGACUGUACCACUUGCUAAGUAGUUGUGUUUAAAAACUGUGUGGGGAUCAAAGGUUGGAGUAGAGUCGACUACGGUGAUUAAUUCCCCUUUUCAGUGGCAACCAAGAUGUAUUCUCUCCUAAACCUGAUAUAAAUGACUUUUCCAGUUCUCAGAUUGGCUUCCUGAUCGUCAACGACACUGCUUUUGAAACAGAGUGAGAACGUUGGUUAAACUCCGACCUGCCUGAUCUUUGGCCAGCACCAGGAGGAGGGGGAGGGGCACUAAAUAGCGGCUUAUGGACUAUUGAGAACUCCAAAGUGCCUUGCUCAAAGGAUUGCCAGAGUUGAAGAGCAGGCCACUGAGUAAACAAAAAAGACGGCUCUCCCUCCGUCAGCUCUUUGAACCGUUUUCAAAAGAAAAGAAAGGUGCCUCACUCAAGCCUGGGAAUUGACAGUGUGAAUGCUUAUCGCCCACGCCUGGCUGUGGAAAUAAGCAGAGAGACAGAGUGUUAUCUCUUUCCCAGUCUGUGCAUUUGUCAAUCCAUCCAUCCAUCCAUCCCUUGGUCCCUCAUUGGUGGCUUCAAAGCUACAUGAGGCUCCUGUAGAUACAUCCAGCUGAGCAGGCUGGGGCUACCUGCAUAGGUCUCUCUAUCUCUCUCUGUCUCUAUCUGUCUCCUGCAUUAACCAUUCGCCCCUCCCUCACAACGGCUCUCCUCCCUCCCCGCCCCCGCCCCCCCCACCAUCAACACCACCAUCCCCAUCCCUGCCCCUCUCCUCCAGUUUUUGCCCCAACUCCCCCCACCUCUCCGCCGGUUACUAUGGCGACCACCGCAAGCAGUGCUGCCUCUGCUCCAUCUACUUCCUCCUCCUCUUCCAUCUCACCUUCAUCCUCGGCGGCAGCCAACGGCAGCGCCCGGGAGCAUCUGCUGGCUGUGCGACGUCGGAACCCACACGCGCGGCCAUACACCCUCGGCCCCGAGAACCUCCGCAGCCUGUCGGCGCAGAGCGCAGGCAGGCCCUCCUUCUGCCUCCCUCCUUCUUCCUCGUCCCUGUCAUCAUCACGCUCACCGCCCAUGACGACGGCCCAACCAGAGGCGGGGAUGGGGCUGCAACGGGCCAAUAGCGACACGGACCUGGUGACGUCAGAGAGCCGCUCAUCACUGACGGCGUCCACAUACCAGCUGACCCUGGGCCACGCCCACCUGGUCAUCUCCUGGGACAUCAAGGAGGAAGUUGAUGCCACCGACUGGAUCGGCCUGUACCACAUCGAUGAGACGUGUGUGGCCAACGUGUGGGACUCAAAGGACCGCGGAGUGAACGGCACCCAGAAAGGACAGAUCGUCUGGAGACUGGAGGCGGGACCCUACUUCAUGGAGUCGGAGACUAAAAUCUGUUUUAAGUACUACCAUGGUGUCAGUGGCGCGUUAAGAGCAACCACCCCCUGCAUCACUGUUAAGAACCCAGGAGUACCGGUGGGUGGCCAGGGCCAUGCAGAUGACCAAUCAGGGACCGAGCACUGUCGGAAACUGGUCAGCUUCACUCUAUCAGAUAUCCGGGCGAUAGGCUUAAAAAAAGGAAUGUUCUUUAACCCUGACCCCUACCUAAAGAUGUCCAUCCAGCCAGGGAAGAGGAGCGGCUUCCCCAAGUUCACCCACCACGGCCAGGAGAGACGGUCCUCUAUCAUAGCUAAUACCACCAACCCCGUUUGGCAUGGAGAGAAGUACACUUUCGUAGCUCUGAUGACAGAUGUGAUGGAGAUAGAAGUGAAGGAUAAGUUUGCCAAGAGCCGGCCAAUCAUCAAGCGGUUUUUGGGUCAGCUGACAAUUCCGGUACAGCGACUUCUAGAAGGGCCAACAGCUGAGGACCAGCCUGUUGGCUACAGUCUGUGUCGGCGUCUACCCACGGAUCAUGUCAGCGGUCAGCUGCUUUUCAGAGUGGCCAUCACCUCGACUGGACAUGAAGAGGCCUCGCCUGAAACAGUAGGCACCAUUUUAGGCGGCGCAGUGAAUGGGGACCUGGGCAGUCCCUCUGACGAUGAAGACCUUCCUCACCCUUCCUCAUCCUCCCGUGCCACACAUGGGUCCCCCACUGGCUCUGACGAGGGCUCCCUGCUGGUCAACGGCGCUUGUUACUACGGGGACGACAGCGUGUGGCGAGAGCCUGGGCCAAUGGGAGGUGAGGUUUUGGAUCCUGCGGUCCUUGGUGUCCGCAGCCACAGACAGGUAUCGCUCAAUGACUACCUGGAUGCCAUCGAGGCCCCCAGGAGCCCCAUAGACCGGAUUGCGGUGGGCCCCUUGCCAAAGCUCCGCUCCAGCUUCCCGACGGACACACGGCUCAGUGCCAUGUUGCACAUCGACUCUGAUGAGGAGGAGGAGACAGCGGGGGGACAGCAUGGUGACCAGGCACAGCAAGCGAAGCCCCAACAGCCAAUCACAGAGUUAACCAAUGAUGCACAGACACCCACCACAAGUUGGGCAAGCUUUGAGUCCAGACAAGGAGGUGAGGCUUGUAGAAGAACGGGGCAGGGGGCUAAUGGUGACGCUGACUCUGGGACUGGGGUGAAGCCUGGACCCGAAGCCAAUGCAGAGGUAAUGACGUCAAGCGGCAAUAAUGUUAUGGAUGGAGCUGAAGUCCAGCUGGAGGCUGGUGCUGAAGCGGCAGCCGGAGGUGAAUCUGAAGCUGAAGCUUUGGGAGGCUCUGAGAUAGAGACUGAGGCAGGGGUUGAGCUGGCGGUGGGAGGGGCGGGUUUAACAGGAGCAUCAGCUGAUGAAUCACAGGAGUCACAUGUGGCUGCGACUACAGCCAAAAUCGAAAUCUCCACAAACUCCUGCUCAUCCCAAACCCCAGGGGCAGAGACUGGUGCAAUGAUUCACCCAGAGAGGCAAGAACCGCAAGAGGGCUGUGCACGGGAAUGUGGUUCCCAGGACCAGAAUGAGACUGCUACAAACCAGGAAGUAACCUGCACUUCUCUACUCACCGCUUCUCAACUUUUAUUUAAUCAGAUGGAGACCAUACAAGAAGUGGCGCCCAAGGCAGAGGAGGAGGAAGGGGUGGAGUCAUCAAGCUGCGAGGUAAAUGAGCCAAUAGCAGCAGCUGCUCCCACCAAUAGCAGCGUAGCAGACCAAGGGGGAGGGGCUUUUGGAACCAGCGUUGAUGAAGUUGGAGCAAGACCUGGGAGGAGGAAAGGGGAGGGGGAACGGCAGCAGGGCCAGGUGGGGGAGGAAGAGGAGGAGGAGGGAGGGGAGGUCUGGAGGAGGAGACGUUCAAUGCAAGCUUCUGGGGGCAUGUUCCAGAGCCAGGAAGAAGGCGGAGCCAGAGACACGGUUCUUCAGAGCAGGGCAGGACCAGAGAGAGAGGCAGCCCAGGUCAACGGCCACCAGUCUGUCCGCUCCCUGCCAUCUGUCCGCCAUGACAUCAGCCGGUACCAGAGAGUGGAUGAGCCUCUGCCUCCUAACUGGGAGGCUCGUAUUGACAGCCAUGGCCGGAUCUUCUAUGUGGACCAUGUGAACAGAACCACCACCUGGCAGCGUCCCACUGCCCCCCCGGCCCCUCAGACCCUCCAGAGGUCCAACUCCAUACAGCAGAUGGAACAGCUCAACCGCAGGUAUCAGAGCAUACGUAGGACAAUAACCAAUGACAGCAGGCCAGAGGAACAGCCAGCCAAUGAGCUGCCGGCAGAUGAGACUGACAUGCACCCAUCAGAGCUUCGUAGGGACAGUGGUGUGGCUCAGUCCAGCUCCAGGUCACGUCUAAACCUGCUUCUCCAGUCUCCCAGCGCCAAGUUCCUCACCAGCCCCGACUUCUUCACUGUGCUGCAUUCCAACCCUAGUGCCUACCGCCUGUUCACCGCUAACACAUGUCUAAAGCACAUGAUCAGCAAGGUGCGUCGGGACGCUCACCACUUUGAGCGCUACCAGCACAACAGAGACCUGGUGGCCUUCCUCAACAUGUUCGCCAACAAGCAGCUGGAGCUGCCCAGGGGCUGGGAGAUGAAGCACGACCACACCGGCAAGUCUUUCUUCGUGGACCAUAACUGCCGUGCCACGACAUUCAUCGACCCCCGGCUGCCCCUGCAGAGUGCCCGGCCCUCCAGUAUCCUGGCCCACCGCCAGUACCUGACCAGACAACGCAGCCACAGCGCCGGGGAGGUCAGCCCGCGACGACUGGUGGGUGAAGAUCCUCGUCACGCUGCCCCUCCUGUGUUACCACGCCCCUCCAGCACUUUCAGCUCUGCCAACAGGGGGUCGUGCCAAGACGUUGUACCAGUGGGGUUGUUAAACAAUCUUUUAACUAGAUUGUUUAACACAAUCUUGGAAAGUGAGAGGAUACCUGAGGAGGGGAGAAGAAGCAUACUGGUACUGAUUUUCCAGAAUAAGGGUGAUGUGCAGAACUGUAGCAACUACAGAGCUUACAAUGACAAGAUUGUAGCCUUCCUCAGACAACCCAACAUUUUUGAGAUCCUACAGGAGAGGCAGCCAGACUUCAACCGGAACCAUUCACUCAGGGAGAAGGUGCAGCUAAUCCGCACUGAUGGAGCAACAGGACUGGCCAGGCUUUCAGGUGAUGCCGACUUGGUCAUGCUGCUCAGUCUGUUUGAAGAUGAGGUGAUGUCCUACGUGCCUCCCCAUGCCUUACUGCACCACAGCUACUGUCAGUCACCUCGGGGAUCGCCUGUCUCCUCCCCGCAGAACUCACCAGGAACCCAGAGAGCCAAUGCCAGGGCACCUGCACCCUACAAAAGAGACUUUGAGGCCAAACUGCGCAACUUCUACAGGAAGCUUGAAACCAAAGGCUAUGGUCAAGGGCCAGGGAAGCUAAAGCUUAUCAUCCGUCGUGAUCGCCUGCUGGAAGAUGCCUUCAACCAGAUUAUGUGCUACUCUCGUAAGGAUCUGCAGCGCAGCAAGCUCUACGUCAGCUUCAUAGGGGAGGAGGGGUUGGACUACAGUGGACCCUCCAGGGAGUUCUUCUUUUUAGUAUCCAGGGAGCUGUUCAACCCUUAUUAUGGUCUGUUUGAAUACUCCGCCAAUGACACCUACACAGUUCAGAUCAGCCCCAUGUCGGCCUUCGUGGACAACCACCAUGAAUGGUUCCGUUUCAGCGGUCGUAUUCUUGGAUUGGCCCUGAUUCAUCAGUACCUGCUAGACGCCUUCUUCACCAGACCUUUCUACAAAGGCCUACUGCGCAUUCAAUGUGACCUGAGUGACCUUGAGUAUUUGGAUGAGGAGUUUCACCAGUCCCUUCAAUGGAUGAAGGACAAUGACAUAGAAGACAUGCUGGACCUGACAUUCACCGUCAAUGAAGAGGUCUUCGGACAGAUAACAGAGAGGGAGCUGAAGCCAGGCGGAGCCAACAUCCCUGUGUCAGAGCGGAACAAGAAGGAAUAUAUUGAACGGAUGGUGAAGUGGAGAAUAGAAAGAGGAGUGGUCCAGCAGACAGAGAGCCUGGUCCGAGGCUUUUAUGAGGUGGUAGAUGCCAGGCUUGUGUCGGUGUUUGAUGCCAGGGAACUGGAGCUAGUGAUUGCUGGCACUGCUGAGAUUGACCUGUCAGACUGGAGGAACAACACGGAGUACAGAGGAGGUUACCAUGACAACCACAUUGUGAUCCGAUGGUUCUGGGCAGCAGUGGAGAGGUUCAACAAUGAGCAGAGACUGAGGCUGCUGCAGUUUGUGACUGGGACAUCCAGUAUUCCAUAUGAGGGGUUUGCCUCGCUUAGGGGUAGCAACGGGCCCCGCAGAUUCUGUGUUGAGAAGUGGGGCAAAGUCACCUCCCUGCCUAGAGCUCAUACCUGCUUCAACCGGCUGGAUCUACCCCCCUACCCGUCGUUCUCUAUGCUGUAUGAGAAGAUGCUGACCGCUGUGGAGGAGACCAGUACAUUUGGCCUGGAAUGAGCCUUACCCACAGAGGACAGCUGAUGUUGAUGGGAACAGCCAACGGUGAUUUAACUGGAACAGGAUCUUAAGGAAAAAACAAAACAAAAACUGGAUAAACAUUUUUAUUAAAAAUGAACUUUGAUCCUUUUAUAAGGGUUGCAGGUUUAAUAUUCUGGAUACUUUACACUGACAAAGAUUUGGGAUUAACCAGGUUACAUAAAGCUUAAAUAUUUGUCAUGGAGACCUGGAAGAAGGAAGCGUGACCUCCAUGGGCUGUGAUGUGAUUUCUGACUGACCAGUCUAUCAUAUAAAGAGCUGAAAAUAGUGGUGUAAAUGCUUGUUAAGCACAUCAUCACACGCAAUUAAGCCAAUACAGCAUGAACAAAGCAAAAAUAACCAAACUUUCAUUCAAACCGUCAACUGGCUGGCUAGUGAGCUCAGCCACCUGCUCUGUGGACUCAACCGGGCCCCGAAUCGUAAUCACCAAGGUUUACCCAACGGGGGAGUAGAAUGGUGAUUAAGUUACAGAUCUGCUUUUUCCUUGGAUACUGGUGAAGUUGUAGUUCUGGAUGUUAAGACAGUCAAGUUUUUAACCACAGCAAAGAUUGCCUGUCUUCCACACGGAGUAUGUGUCUUGUGUUUUAUAACAGUGAUGACUGAAAUAACAAGAUGGAUUGUUGUUGUUUCAAGACAUGAUCGCUCUAAAUGCUGACAUUGUACUUCAAUAGCAGCAGACUUUUGCUCCAUUUAACAUGUCUCCAUCAUACAACACCACAUAGCCUCAUCCCUGGCCGUAAUUUCAACACUAAUUAUUAUUAUUAUCAUUAUUUUAUUUGUUCGAAUGAAAUUUGUUGGAUCUCAACAUGCAGGGAAAACGUGGCCAGAAUUUUACGUCUGUGGUUCAAUAACACCUGAACACUAAGGUAACUGCAUUCUUGUUGACUGGAUUUCUAUGUUAAAGCCUUUUGAGGGCCACUCUUUUUAGUAAGUGGGACGUUAUGCUGAACCUUGCCUCGAUCUGAUUUUGGAGUCCAGAAAAAAAAGCUUUGGAAUUGUUGUUAGUGUAUUAAUAUGCCAAAAAAAGAAAAGAAAGGAUUUUCUAAUAACUUGGAUGAAAAGUUGAGAUACAAAUGACUUUUUGACUGUGGGUUGAAUUUUUUUUUAAUAUAUAUAUAUAUAUAUAUAUACUAAAUAUUGGUCAACUGGUAAUCAAAAUCCUUUCAAUUAUGUUACUCCGAGUUCAGAUGGGUUUUUGUGGGUGGAACUUUUGUACGUUUUAUCUAAAUUGACUGGGCAAUGUUGUAUGUUCAGUCAGGGAAGUGUUGAAUGAUUCAAAAAAUAAGAUUUUAAUAUAAGUCUUUUUCCUACGUGUUAAAGUGAAAUGAAUGUCCUCAGACCAGGUGACCCAGAUCAGAAAUGUCACCAAACCUAAGAAAGUUACAAUCCUAAAGAUUUACAUGCAACAAAUGCCCUUUUUGAUAUUCACUUUUUCUGGCACGUUUAAGUCGACAGCUAAUUCUGAUAUUCAUAUUAUGAACACUCACAAUUGCAAAUGUUAACGGUUAGUGAUGUAUAGGACUUUCCUGGGGGGGAAAUUGGGGGCCAAUUACAGAAAAGUAGGCCAGGCACAGACACGUUUGAAGUCGUUUGUUGUAGAUAUCGAGGCAGAUCAAGUUUGUAUGAAAACUCACCAUCACAUACUACAACCAUUGAUGGCCAAAACCCAGGUUGAACCGGUUUUAUAUAUUUGGGGGUUUGAGGUGUUAGGUGUAGGCGCUGCCCCAAAAGCUCUGAAAACGAUGUUCAUGUCGAAUAGAUAUCAUAUCACAUAUCUCCAGAGGUGUCAGUAACUGUCUUUAUAUCGACAAGAACAACAAUCUUCAGGACUGUAACUUCACAUCUUCCGGUAUUAACAAUACAAGAAUUAAUUGAAGACGGGAAACUUAUUUGUAAUUACUUUCGAAUGUGUUGGAAAAGUUGUUUUUUUUCCCCCCGUGAUAAUGAACUGACCUCAACUCCGUUUUACAACUCUUUUGCUGGCACCAUCAAGUGAUAGAAACCUUUGCCUUAGCAUUUUGGCAAUGGUUCAUGCUUACACGUUUUACUUUUUUCUUUUAAAUGUUGUCAUUGCGUCGCUCUUUCACACAAAGCUAUUCGGGAGGUUUUCAAAAGCAAAUCUCGAAUGGAAUUUCCUUUAUUCAAACUUGUGACGUUGGACACUUUGUAAUCACUUGUGUGUUUGCUAUAAGCACUUACACAAUUAUAUACGUAUUUAUGAAGCUGAAAUCUCAUUUAGCUACACAAUGUAUGUAACCUGUUAAAUUGUUUUGAUGUGGUAACUAAGAACUGGACUCACAUUUUGUUAAUAUGAAUUUGCACUCGUUUCAACAAGACAUUGGGGUUAACUGAAAUGUUGGUCUAAGUUAGUUCAGUUUAAUCGGGUUUUCCUGCGAGUUAAGGUCACAAACCAAGAGAGCAGCCAUGGUAAUCCCAUUUAUAAACAGUACACGUGAACAGUUAAACGAUACAACUCUGCUGAGAAAAGUAUGAACGUUUCAAAUGAAGUGUGUCUCUGUGAAGCCUGAAGGGAACAUCGUUAACGUAAAAUAUACUCCGCGUCUUCAGUGACAUUCCCACGCACUAUGAAUGCAACCCUGUUUUGCCCUGAACACACUGCCACACUGAACUACAGCUGCCAACAUACUGGACCACAACAUCCACAAUAUUAAGUUAAUCCAGCCACCUGGUUACCAAGGUAACACAAACGCUGUCAUGUUCUGACCCACAUUUUAUACGAAAAGCCUAAUUCACACCAAAGUUAGGAUUGGUAACUUUACGAUGGACAGUUUAUAUCGGUGAAUGUCUGACGUGUUUGUUCUGUUAGUGACCCGAGGAUGAAUAAACAGGCUGAAUUCACGUACAGCCGAGCUGCA